AUGAGCGUGUCCUCCGAGCAAUCCCCGUUCGAUGGAGAGUUUGAUGCCCUUGUAAAAGAGCAACUUGAAAAAUGGAAAGUCCCCGGCUUGAGUAUCGCUAUCAUUCAUGGCGCCAAUACCUACAGCAAGGCAUAUGGAAAGGCAGAACUGGCAAAUCAUAGCACGGAUCGACCAGCCCGGGAUAUGACAACCGAUGCGUUGUUCGCAGCAUGUAGCACCACCAAGGCCUUUACUGGUGCUGCGACAUCUAUAACAAUCCAGCACAGCAAGACCACCAAGUCCCCUAUUGACUGGGACACACCUGUGGCUUCCCUGAUACCAGAAGAUUUUGUCCUGGAGAACGACUACGCGACCAAGAAUAUCACACUUGAAGAUGCGUUAUCGCAUCGAUCGGGUAUGCCAGAGAAUGGCUGGACCUUAGCUCUAUUUUCAAAGAAGGGUCCAACACCACGCUCUAUUGUCCGCGCGAUGCAAUACAUGCCUCUCGCGACACCGCCACGCACUAAAUACCACUACAGCAAUCACAUGUACAUAGCUGUGUCGCACGCGCUGGAGCAGCACACCGGCGAAAAGCUUGGAGCGUUCAUGAAGAAACGCAUCUGGGACCCGCUCGGUAUGAGCGAGACGUUCUUCUCGCCAGGCGAAGCAAGGGCAAACCCAUCAACCGCCGAAAAGCUUGUGCAAGCGUACGACUGGUUUCCUACAAAGGAAGGCGGAACGUUCAUUCCACGUCCAGAAAACGACUGGCCAGCUAACAGUGGUGCUGGCGCUAUCGUCAGUAACGUUCUUGACUACGCCCAUUGGGUGCGGGAGUUGAUUGAAAGAACCGGGCCGUUGAAAGGACACGACAGUCUAACGGAUCCGCGAACAAUAUAUUUCCAGAAUGAUGACUUGAAUUUGCCCGCUCCGUACCAUGCAUAUGGGCUCGGAUGGAUUGUGGAUAACUACCGCGGUCUGCAUUUCUAUAGUCAUGGCGGUGGCUGGCCUGGCUAUGCGAGCUGGGUAGGCUUUGUCCCCGAGAAGAAGUUUGGGUUUGUGGUCAUGGGCAACUCCUUUUCGGCUCGAUAUGCUGCGUUUAGAUUGGUUACUUAUCUUUUGGACAAACGGCUUGGUCUAUUAGAUGACCCGAAAUAUGAGGAGCAGAUUGCAGCUUGUGUUGCAAGACAAACUGAGGAGUGGGAAUCAAGGUUGAAAAAUGAACGUAUAGAGGACUCAAAAGAGCGACUGUUCCCUUCUUUGUCCCAUCCUCCGAUUCCAUCUGCCUUGCAUAUGUCUAGAUAUACUGGGACAUAUACACACCCCAUGGGUAUGACUCUUGUCAUCCAACUAAGCAAUGAUGGACUCAUUGCCAACCUGGAGGAUCGAGUCAUUCCCUCUGAGUUGUCUCUGGUUCAUGCAAGCGGUGAAUUCUUUGUGGGAAGCCUCCAUAACGCAGGAUUUAACUUGAUGCCGCCUUUCACAGUGGAAUUCUACAUUGAUGCUGCGGGUGUGGCGACAAGGGUUGGACUUCUUUUGGAACCUACUCUGAAGGGGGAAAAGGUCUGGUUUGAUCGUUGUGGCUCCUAA